AUGGGUGCCUGCGUCAACGCACUGCGGAUCAUCACGUUCUUAUUCAAUUUUUUAUUUUGGGUAAGUCGACUAGAAAUUAUUUAACACAAUUGGAAAUAACUCUGUGGUUAUUUAAAAAAUGUUUUCAGUUAUCCGGAGUUGUUGUUCUGGGAAUCGGUCUGUGGCUACUCUUUGAUCCGGCCGCAUCCGACUUUUUUUCUCUUCACUCGACACACCCAGGUUGAUCUUUCAAUUUUUUGUAACAUUCUAAUAAAUUUCAAACUAUCGCAGGCUAUUUUCGUCAUAUAGGAUGGUUCCUCCUUGCCGCCGGGAUUUUGAUUAUUCUGGUGGGAUACUUUGGAUGUGUUGGGGCAUGGAACAUGAACCAAUGUGCAUUGGCAUUUGUAUGUUUUCUUUCGAAACUACGGGAAAAAUAAUCGUACUCAUCAGUUCUGCAUAAUCUUGGUGAUCGCAUUCUUCCUUGAACUUGCUGCUGCUGUCACCGCUUUCCACAAGCAGGACUACGUAAAAAACUACGUGGAAAGCAGUAUGUAUGACACUAUGAGAAACCGGUAUUCGGAAGAAGUUGCAUUUCGAUCUGCAUUCGACUCUAUUCAAGAAAACGUAAGUUUUAGUUUCACUUUUUUUUAUAAUAGUUACAUCGUACUGUGUUGUCUAGUUCCAAUGCUGCGGAGUCCGAAGCUAUGUAGAUUGGCUCAGUGUCAAAUGGGCUCCUGAAACAAAUUCUCCAACAGACAUCAGCGAAGUUGAAGACGGAAGAAUUGAGCACGGAAUUGGGGCGUUUGGAGGCAGUCAUAGUAAUGGUUACGGUAAGACUUAUGAAAGUUAGAAAGUCUAUUCCAGAGUCUAAAUAUUUUAGCCAAAGUUCCAAGUUCCUGCUGUAAUGAAAAUGGAAAAAUUUCUUAUCCGAGUGAAUGCGGAAUAUCUUUUGACCAGGCUCCACUGUCUUCUUACUCCCAAUUUAUUAAUACCAAGGUAAACUCGUAAACUUACAAGCGUGCUUAUAAUUCAAUAAUACAUCACAGGGCUGCUCAGAUGCAUUGUACGAAAAAGUCACAAACUCACUGGAUUUGAUUGUUGCAGUUUGUGUCAUUCUAUGCAUUAUUCAGCUUCUUGGAAUCGUUCUGUCAAUGACUCUUUGCUGUUGCUCAAAAUCAUCAAAACGAUAG